AUGGGAUCCAGGGAAAGUAGUGUGGACUCAGAUCUUGAAAGAGAUCGCACAACUGAUGCUUCGAGUUGUGAAAGCGAUGAUAACCAGCAAAGUUCAAGACGUAAUAGUUUGAACGAGGGCACCGAUAGCGGAUCAGAAACCGAGUCGUUGAUUGGCGGUUCAACAGUGGUGGGUCACCAGAAAAUUAAGAAAGUGAAACGCCGACCACAUACUAUUUAUGAUGAAAGUGAAGACGAGGGUAGUUCCGAUAAAGAAGAAUUGCCGGACAUUCAGGACAGCCAAGAGGUGGAUAAACACAACCAUCGCAUUUUUACCUUCAAUCUCCCUUUCGGAGGCAAAAAUUUGCUUCCCACUUCUCCGCUCAGUACGCUUAAGAACACAUUACUGCCGCGUCAUAAGACGCAGGGAGUCAAGAAGAACGAGGACAAACUACGAAAGUACAAUCGAAAAGAAAUCAAGGAAAAACUUGUACGGCAGGAAACAAUCACGUCCAUCGAAGAAUUGAAGCUUUUUCAAGAUGAAAAGGGAAUUGACAACGUUAGGGCCAUGGCUGUAAAGAGGGUUUUUGCGCCGGAAGCUCUAUUUCAUACUAUCAGAGGACUUUCGAUAAACCCCAAUCAAACCACACACGAUGGUUACUCUAAAGCGAGGAUAGAGACUAUAUGGGAAGAGCUCGAAGGGGAUAUUGUUAUUCUUGGCGGAUACAGGGGCAGUAUUUUGCGGGAUGUGGAGACGAAGCGGAGGGCAUGGAUUCCGAUACGAGCCGGAUUGAAUAUCAGGAAAGUAGAUUUACUGAUAGGUCCCAGGGAUGAAGAUGAAUUCGAAACGCAAAAACACAUUUAUCCCGACGGCAUGUUGACGCAUCUAGGGCCAGUGGACGUGGCAAGCAGGCUUAUUAAACGAUUGAGAAAUAAUCCACGAGUUAACAUCGAAGACUUUGGUUUUGAUUGGAGACUCUCGUUAGACAUACCGGCCAAGCAGCUUGCAGAAAAAUUACAAGACAUUCAUCGCAAGCAAAGAGUAAAAAGGGGGACUUACAUUAUUGCGCAUUCUAUGGGAGGCCUUAUUGCCCACAAAGUGCUUCAAGAGCAUACAAGCCUGGUUCGAGGAAUCAUUUACGUCGGUGCACCCAGUCAAUGCCCGAACAUUUUAGGCCCACUAAGGUUCGGAGAUGAAGUCAUUUUCAAUAAAUCCAUUUUAAGCGCCGAAGCUAAUUUUUUCAUGAGAAGCAGUUUCUACUUCCUGCCCUUUGACGGAAGAUGUUUUGUAAACAAGGCCACUUUUGAAAGGUACGAUCUAGACUUUUUCGACCCAAAUGUAUGGUAUGAAUAUGGAUUAUCUCCUUUGGUUAGCGACGAACGCUCUCGAGAGAACAGUAACUCAAGCUCACCGUCGUCAGAGAAGGACAAAGACAAGGACAAAGACCUUUUCAGCAUUCUUUCGCACGUUGACAUGAUCCGGAAGCCCAGCAUUGGCGGUAGUGAGGAAAAGGGGUUUAAAACUUCGCUCGAAGACUCUAAGAAUUACCUUGAGAGAACUCUUAAACGUACGAGGGUCUUUUUGGAAGAGCUUCAAUACGAUAAGACAAAACAAUACCCUCCUUUAGCCAUGGUUUAUGGCAACAGAGUGCCAACAGUUCGUGGCGCAAAAGUGAGCGGUCUUCAGCAAAUAAAGGAUGGCAUAUAUGAUGAAUUUUACUAUGGGCCUGGGGAUGGAGUGGUGCACCAUAAGUGGCUGCUUCCAGAGAGAAGAGGAUUCCCAGUUGUGGCAAAAGUUGCUUCUGAGUGUGCACAUGUUAGUUUAAUGACAGAUUUCGAAGCCAUGGCCAAAGCAUUUAUUUCUCUGGUUGAUGCUGAAAACAUAGCAUCUGAGACAGCCAGACUUAAUGAUUAA